CUAGAGACGCCGCGCCGCUUGGACGCUGCUGCGCGUGCGCAGGCGGCCGGUGUUGAAGUCCUCGCCUUUGCCGCCUCCGCCGCUGCGGCCGUCUGUCCGGGAUUGGCGUCUCGUGUUUCCUUGGCUCGCCCGCCGGCGGGUUCGCGCCCUUCUCGCGCCCCCGGGGCAGCGAGGCUGGGGCAGGGGUUGGCUGGGGGCUGUUGAUUGGCGCCUUGAAGGGGCGGCCGGGCGGCCAUGUCGGCCGGCGAGGUGGACCGCCUUGUGUCGGAACUGAGCGGCGGGACCGGAGGGGAUGAGGAGGAGGAGUGGCUGUAUGGCGGCCCGUGGGACGUGCACGUGCACAGUGACUUGGCAAAGGACCUAGAUGAAAAUGAAGUUGAAAGGCCAGAAGAAGAGAAUACCAGUGCUAAUCCUCCAUCUGGGGUUGAAGAUGAAGCUGCUGAAAAUGGCGUACCAAAACCGAAAGUGACCGAGACAGAAGACGAUAGUGAUAGUGACAGUGAUGAUGAUGAGGACGAUGUUCACGUCACCAUAGGAGACAUAAAAACGGGAGCUCCACAGUAUGGGAGUUAUGGUACAGCACCUGUAAAUCUUAAUAUCAAGACAGGAGGCAGAGUUUAUGGAACUACAGGAACAAAAGUCAAAGGGGUAGACCUUGAUGCCCCUGGGAGCAUUAAUGGAGUCCCACUCCUGGAGGUCGAUCUGGACUCUUUUGAAGAUAAGCCAUGGCGGAAACCUGGUGCUGAUCUUUCUGAUUAUUUUAAUUAUGGAUUUAAUGAAGAUACUUGGAAAGCUUACUGUGAAAAGCAAAAGAGGAUACGAAUGGGACUUGAAGUUAUACCAGUUACCUCUACUACAAAUAAGAUUACGGCCGAAGACUGUACUAUGGAAGUUACACCAGGUGCAGAGAUCCAAGAUGACAGAUUCAAUCUUUUUAAGAUUUUCCAACAUAGUAACGAGUGGGGAAAGUGGUACAAACGAACCUCUAGGUGCUUAUACAGCUUCAGUGAGGACCAGCAUUCUGACAUUCUUGAGGUGCAGCAGGGAAGAACUGGAAAUUCAGAGAAGGAAGCGGCACUUCCAUCUACCAAAGCAGAGUUCACUUCUCCUCCCUCUUUGUUCAAGACUGGGCUCCCACCAAGCAGGAACAGCGCCUCGUCUCAGUCUCAGCCGAGUGCUGCCUCCAGAAAAGCCAGCUCAAGCGUCGGCAAGUGGCAGGAUCGCUACGGGAGGGCCGAAUCGCCUGAUCUAAGGGUGUGCAUUAACAGGAAGCUGGAAUUGGAAGCGGAGUCUGGACUUGAACCCAGGUUGAUUCUUCUUUCUCAUACCACAUCCAGAUUUAAAAAAAAAAAAAAAAUCCCCAGGAGAUUACCUGGGGCAAUCGAUGUUAUUGGCCAGACUAUCACCAUUAGCCGGGUAGAAGGCCGGCGCCGGGCGAAUGAAAACAGCAACAUACAGGUCCUUUCUGAAAGAUCGGCUGCUGAAGUGGACAACAAUUUUAGCAAACCACCUCCGUUUUUCCCUCCAGGGGGUCCUCCUACCCACCUUCCACCGCCUCCGUUUCUUCCACCUCCUCCCACUGUCAGCACUGCUCCACCUCUGAUUCCACCCCCAGGUAUUCCAAUAACUGUACCACCUCCAGGUUUUCCUCCACCACCAGGCGCUCCUCCGCCGUCUCUUAUCCCAACGAUAGAAAGUGGGCAUUCCUCUGGUUAUGAUAGUCGUUCUGCACGGGCAUUCCCAUAUGGCAAUGUUGCUUUUCCCCAUCUUCCUGGUUCUGCUCCUUCAUGGCCUAGUCUUGUGGACACCAGCAAGCAGUGGGACUAUUACGCGAGAAGAGAGAAAGACCGAGACAGAGAAAGAGACAGAGACAGAGAGCGCGACCGGGACCGGGACCGAGAAAGAGAGCGCACCCGCGAGAGAGAGCGGGAGCGUGACCACAGUCCCACGCCGAGUGUCUUCAACAGUGACGAAGAGCGAUACAGAUACAGAGAAUAUGCCGAGAGAGGGUAUGAGCGGCACAGAGCGAGUCGGGAGAAAGAGGAGCGGCACAGAGAGAGACGGCACAGGGAGAAGGAGGAGAGCAGACACAAGUCCUCUCGAAGUAACAGUAGACGUCGCCAUGAGAGUGAAGAAGGAGACAGUCACAGGAGGCACAAACACAAAAAAUCUAAAAGAAGCAAAGAAGGGAAGGAGGCCGGCAGUGAGCCCGCCCCCGAGCAGGAGAGCACCGAGGCGGCACCCGCAGAGUAGGCGUGGGCGGGGCCUCGUGUCUGCAGCAGUGCCGGAACUAGAUAUUGUAAAUCUUGUUAUUUUUCUGGAUAAUGUUUAAGAAAUUCACCUUUAAUCUUGUUCUGUUAGUAUGAAAAGUUAACUUUUUUUCCAAAAUAAAAGUCGAUUUUUCAUGUUAAGUUAAA